AGCACACGCAUAUCGGGUUCUCAUUCCGUCGCCGCACCGCAUCGUCUCUGAUCGCUGACCUCCCUCGCCGUCCAUCGCCGCAACUGCAAAACCCUCCUCGCCGUUACCCCCGCGACCAUCCAUGGCCACCUCGACCCGAGCACCGCUCCCGCCGUCCGACCCCGAGAAGGAGAAGCCGCUCGCCCGCUCCGCACCGGCAACCGCUCCCGCGUACCUCGCGAAUCCAGGGAAGAAGACGCACCGCCGGGUGCCGAUGACGGACGAGGAGCGGGGGAGGAUCAACCGCCUGAAGGAGCUGCACGCGUCAGGGAUCGAGGAGCUGCACGAGCUGAUGGAGAUACAUAAGGAGCUGCGCGACUACCACGACGAGCUUCUGUUCCGGCGGAGGUGCCUGGCCGCACGCCUGGUCAGCCGGAUCGCCUUCCAGCGCCGCGACGCCGCCUAUAUCAGGCAUCAGCUUGGCCUUGGCCUGAAGGUGGGGGAUAAGCUGCCGGAGGAGCUCAAGCAGUCCAGGCCGCCGAUCUCGAUGGCCCUUUUCUUGUGGCAUGAAAUGGGCAGGGCCUUGUACAUCGGCAUGGAUAACUUCAUGGAUGAGUACAGCAACACCGAGGAGUACCGGAGAGGGAUGCUGGCGUUGGUGCCCGGGGCUGUCCCUGAUGAGAACGGAGCCCCGCCAGAUUGUGUUGCCCCCCAAGAGUAGGAAUUGAUCGAGUCUGUUUGCUUGGUGUGGAUGAGUACUUGUUUAAUCCUGAGAACGAAAUGUUGCUAUGUUCAGGUUCAGGGUGACUACUUGUUUGAUUCUAUUUUGUUGAGGAUGAUUUUUUUUAUGGCUCGAGUGCUUCAACAAAUCAUGUGGACUAGUCUUUUAGUUUUGAAAAUUUCAGUCAUCUUGUGCGCA